UUCUGAGCGCCGUUGGUCUCCCAGGACGCAAGUGAGCUCCCUGCUUUCCUAGCCCUUUGGGCCGCCACGAUGCUGCCCUGGAGACGGAACAAAUUCGUGCUAGUGGAGGAUGAGGCCAAGCGCAAGGCGAAGAGCCUGAGCCCCGGGCUCGCCUACACGUCGCUGCUUUCCAGCUUCCUGCGCUCCUGCCCGGACCUGCUACCCGACUGGCCGCUGGAGCGUCUGGGCCGCGUGUUCCGCAGCCGGCGCCAAAAAGUGGAGCUUAACAAGGAGGACCCCACCUACACAGUGUGGUACCUGGGCAACGCAGUCACCCUGCACGCCAAGGGCGACGGCUGCACCGACGACGCUGUAGGCAGGAUCUGGGCGCGUUGCGGGCCGGGAGGGGGCACGAAGAUGAAACUGACGCUGGGCCCGCACGGCAUCCGCAUGCAACCGAGCGAGCGCAGCUCCGGGGGUUCGGGAGGCCGCAGGCCGGCGCACGCCUACCUGCUGCCGCGCAUCACCUACUGCGCGGCGGACGGGCGCCACCCGCGCGUCUUCGCCUGGGUCUACCGCCACCAGGCGCGCCACAAGGCCGUGGUGCUGCGCUGCCACGCCGUGCUGCUGGCGCGGGCGCACAAGGCGCGCUCCCUGGCCCGCCUGCUCCGCCAGACCGCGCUGGCUGCCUUCAGCGACUUCAAGCGGCUGCAGCGCCAAAGCGACGCGCGCCACGUGCGCCAGCAGCACCUCCGUGCGGGGGGCGCCGCCGCCUCGGUACCCCGCGCCCCACUGCGCCGACUGCUCAAUGCCAAGUGCGCUUACCGGCCUCCGCCGAGCGAACGCGGCCGCGGGGCUCCGCGUCUCAGCAGCAUCCAGGAGGAGGACGAGGAGGAGGAGGACGAGGAAGAAGACGCCCAGGACAGCGAAGGAGGGGUCCUGCAGCGCGAGCGGCCGGAGGUGCUCAGCUUGGCCCGGGAGCUGAGGACGUGCAGCCUGCGGGGCGCCCCGGCACCUCCACAGCCAGCGCAGCCCCGCCGCUGGAAAGCUGGCUCCAGGGAGCGGGCGGGCCAGGCGCGCUGAGAGCGCAGGGCUAAGACUAGGGCCCUAGACCCGGCCCAGCAGACUGACCUGGACUCCAACCCGGCCCAGCCCGCUUCCGCCCCCCCUGGUCCCUGGCCUGCUGCCCUUGCGGUCUCCGUAAUGGUCGCCUUCUCCUCAUCCUAGCUCAGGGUGAUGCCGGAUAUGCCCUUGAUGUUGAGGGUUGAGGGGAGUCCACAACUCCCCACCCUGGGAGUUUCCCUGGCCCUCCACUGUGGAAUCGCCCCGAUGCUUUAUGCCACGUCUCUGCCCACAGACCAACCUGCUUUCUUCCAAAACGGCCUCUCUGGAGAAAGGGGGAAUUGCUUGUGGAACUCCUGGAGGGUGGGUUUGAACCCAGGACUCCAUCUAGGGUAGAAGUAAUGGCCCUACCCUUGGUCUCUUAUUCCCUAUGAUAAGAAACACCCCGGAGAGAUUUCAGAUAAGGAAGAGAAUGGAGUGGCUGGGGAGAACUGAGGCCAACCUCUCUGAGGACGCCUGCCUGGGACUGCGCGCGCACGCGCGCGCGUACACACACACACACAC